AUGUCGGAACGUGCGAUGCGAUUGUCCUUUUCAAACGACUUGCAUACCAAUUCCGAGUACAACGGGUCCGGAACGAUCGUCUGCGGAGCAUACGGGGCCGGGCAGGCGGCGCAAAGCGAAGCGAGCGGUGAGACAUCCCGGUUCACGAGCUGGUCUAGCUCAGUGCGUCGGGUAUCGUCGACAGCAAGCAAUCGGCAACCAACGAGCGAAUUUGCACCACAGCACUUGCCUGUGAUCACCGAAAGCAACGGCCAGGCCGAAGUCCCAACGCCGAUUGCAGCCUCCAGAGUUGAAACGCACAACGGCAUGCUCCAUCCACCACAGACCCAACCAAUGAGCGCUGCACAACGGAAGUUGACUGACAGAGAUGCUGAAUUACUGGCGUCUGGGAUCCGUAUGCGGCGAGCAGCACAAGUCUCUCCCAGCUCGUCGUCGUCGUCGUCUUCGUCUUCGUCGUCACCUUCGCUCGCUGGCAGCGGCCGUGGAGCUACUCCCCGGCAGGCGAUUGCACCCGCUGCCCUUCGCCGUCUACAGGAGUUGAGCCUAAAUUUGCAAAAUGUCUGCCGCGAGGAGAGCAGAGAGACUACCGCGAAGGGCCAGACAAGCAGCAACGAUCCGUUUUAUGACGGAGACAAAGCCAAGAAUGUUUUGUUCGCCUUCCAGUCUGCCCCAACAACCCCUGCUGACCCAGGCCUCCCAGAUCCCCAGAGAUUGUCCCCAGUGGCCGGUGGUCAGGCAGUUGCGUCGCCGCAGUAUUUUUUCCGCGGGAAGAGUCCUUUCCAGCGCGCUCUCCGGGAGAGCAUGAAGACAUUUGAAAGCGAGACAUCGGCAUCCCGAGCCCAGAAGCGAGAUCAAAUCGAUGGCGGGUUUGGAAGCCCGCCUGGUCUUGGUCUCCCAGGUCUAGCGCACGCAAAGAAGUUAAAGGAGGCAGAAGACGAUGCGCCACUUCUCCAGUCUGAUGGGUCCGGACAGUGGUCUCGUGUGCAAGCCUGGCAAGCCGGUCUGGUUCAUGACAGCUCGACAAAGUCAGACAGCGCGCACUCGCCACCAGGCAAGGGCCAAGAACACUUACCGACAACUGACAAUCCUGGCCUUCGCACUAUGGUCUCACAAGGCCUCUGUGCAUCGACAGCUAGCUUGGGCUGCGGCACUGCACGGACGCCCGUUGCUCGAUCGGUACAGUUGGACCGCCUACACCGAGACACCGUCGUAUCGCCGGAACAGCUGAGGGUCUGGAUGAACCAAAGUGUCGAUAUAGAGGAGAUGGGCAGCCCCUGGUCGAAGCCAACACCCGGCCACACUCGCGAAAAUGCCGAGCAUGCUGAACACGACGACAGUAUGGUUUAA